AUGAAUCAAGUCUUCAAACUCUUCCUUCAACGCUUUGUUUUAGUCUUCUUCGACGACAUAUUGGUGUAUAGCACGACAGAGGAGGAGCACUGUCAUCACUUGCGGUUAGUCUUUGCAAAACUCGCUGCUAAUGACCUGUAGGUCAACCUCAAGAAAUGCAUCUUCGGCGAAGAACGCAUCAUGUCUUUAGGGCACAUCAUCUCCACUGACGGGGUGACUAUGGAUGUAGAGAAGAUCACAGUAGUCACCAGCUGGCCAUCUCCAAUGACCCUUAGAGAACUUUGGGGAUUCUUGGGUCUCACCGGCUAUUACCACCGAUUCAUCAUAGGAUAUGGGAACCUGACAUGGCCGUUGACGCAGCAGCUGAAAUGCGACGCGUUUCAUUGGAGCUCCGACGCAGAGGCCGCAUUCCAACAACUCAAGGAGUAA